AGCUGCCGCCAGGUGCUUCCACCGCCGUCCUCAUUGGGCUGUUCCCGCGGCACUGCCCAUUGGUUGCCGCUGUGCACUUCCGGCGUGUGUGGCGCUCCCGCCUCCUUUUCCGGUCGGCUAUUUGCUGUGGUGGGAGAAGCCAUGGCGCCCAGCCGUAAUGGCAUGAUCCUGAAGCCCCACUUUCAUAAGGACUGGCAGCGGCGAGUGGCCACAUGGUUCAACCAACCCGCCCGCAAGAUCCGCAGGAGGAAGGCCCGCCAGGUGAAGGCUCGCCGCAUCACUCCCCAUCCUGUGGCUGGGCCUAUCCGGCCUAUAGUGAGGUGCCCUACUAUAAAGUACCAUAAAAAAGUCCGUGCUGGCAGAGGCUUCAGCCUGGAGGAGCUUAAACUUGCUGGUAUCAACAAAAAGUUUGCCCGGACUAUUGGAAUCUCUGUGGAUCCCCGGCGAUGUAACAAGUCCACGGAGUCCCUGCAAGCCAAUGUGCAGAGGCUGAGGGAGUACCACUCCAAGCUUAUCCUCUUCCCAAGGAACCCGGCUCUGCCGAAGAAGGGAGACUGCUCAGUAAGUACUUGGCUGCUACAAAUGUUUAGAAUCAUAGAAUAGUUUGGGUCGGAAGGGACCUUCAAAGGUCAUCUAGUUCACAGUUUCACAGGGCCCAUUUCUGGCUGUCGGUCUGUCCAUCCCAGUGCUGUGUAGUCAGGCAGUGCUGUUGAAUUAGGGACUGCUGAGGUGCUGAAGGAGUGCAGCUUGGAUGUGGGGUUGGACUCCUCAGGUGGUCUGUUGGGAGCUUUGGUCAUUGCCCAACCAGUUGAAUUUCAGAUUACAAUGCUAAAUAGAAUAGCUGAAAAGUUCAUGUGGAGUUUUGCUGUGGAAAGGGAGGAAGGUGAGGGGACACUCUUCAGUGGAGUAGUUCAGCAAAAGCUAUGUGCAAGGCAGCCUUGAGAAGGUUGUUGCUGUUGACACACAAAAAUGCUUUUCAUUAAAAUUCCACCGAGAUGCAGAGUAUAGUUUGCCUCCUUUGUCUCUGCCCAUGGUAGAUAUGUGCUUCCUAUGAGACACAGUGAUAUGCUUGGGCUGUCCUUGAUCUUCCAGAGAGUGUCACUUUUGAGCCACUCACCUGCAGCAGAGCCCACUGCACUUGGGAGGCUUUUUGGAACAGGGGAGGAAGGGUCUGGAGCUCCUCUGCCAGUAGGUAGUUACUGAAAUACAGUUCCAAAUUUGUUUAUCUA